AUGGGGGAAAAUCACACAGUGGUUACCGAGUUCAUCCUGUUGGGGUUUCCCAUUGACCCAAGGAUUCAGAUGCUUCUCUUUGGAAUAUUCUCCCUGUUCUAUGCCUUCACCCUGCUGGGGAACGGGGUCAUCCUGGGGCUCAUCUCGCUGGACUCCAGACUGCACACCCCCAUGUACUUCUUCCUCUCGCACCUGGCCGUCGUCGACAUAGCCUACGCCUGCAACACGGUGCCCCAGAUGCUGGUGAACCUCCUGGACCCAGCCAGACCCAUCUCCUUUGCUGGCUGCGUAACACAGACCUUCCUCUUUUUGAGUUUUGCUCACACUGAAUGUCUUCUCCUCGUGGUGAUGUCCUAUGACAGGUACGUGGCCAUCUGCCACCCUCUCCGCUACUCUGUCAUCAUGAGCUGGAGAGUGUGCAUCGCCCUGGCGGUCACCUCCUGGACCAUUGGCGUCCUCCUGGCCCUGGUCCAUCUAGUGUUACUCCUCCCGUUGCCCUUCUGUGGACCCCGGGAAGUUAAUCACUUCUUCUGUGAAAUUAUAGCUGUCCUCAAGCUCGCCUGUGCAGACACGCACCUUAACGAGACUAUGGUUCUGGCGGGGGCAGUGUCUGUGCUUGUGGGACCCUUCUCCUCCAUUGUGGUAUCCUAUGUCCACAUCCUCUGUGCCAUCCUAAAGAUUCAGUCAGGGGAAGGACGCCAGAAAGCCUUCUCUACCUGCUCAUCCCACCUCUGUGUGGUUGGCCUCUUUUAUGGCACAGCCAUUAUCAUGUAUGUUGGGCCCCGACAUGGGAACCCCAAAGAGGAGAAGAAGUAUCUCUUGCUGUUUCACAGCCUUUUCAAUCCCAUGCUCAACCCCUUGAUCUACAGUCUCAGGAACAAAGAAGUUAAAGCUGCUCUGAAGAGGCUGCUUGACAAAGAGAGAAUGGCAUGA